GGUGCUUGGGAUGCUGAGGGAACAGUGCAAUAGCAGGCAGCUUCUGCUACAUGUGAGUUGCCAAAUUAAGUAAAUGAUCUCAAACAAGAGCUAUAUUUGCUCCUUCCCAUCCCCAAACUUGCUCAACCUUUUAGUCUGAUGCUUCUUUUUUUCCUCUUACUUCAGCUGAAAGCAUUAACUUCCCAUGACGAUUAUACAGCCUGCUACUUCAUAAUCACUCUUUGCUACUGGCAUCUGUUUGCAGCCAUUGGGAGAAUCACUGUAUACUUGAAAUGCGCUAAUAAAUGUCACCUGGAUAACCCGCUGUGCAGCUUCUGUAUCCUCUGGUCUUCACAGUUUUGCAGAAUAUUGGGAAGCUGAGAUUCCUUUGAGAGUCUGAAUUUUAGUAAAUAUCUUAGCCAGCGACUCUUGGGGUUUCUUAAGUCUCUUGUGCUGCAGGCUCGACUGCUGUGUUUUCAGGAGACAGAAGCAUUUGUAGUGGGAGUGGUAGCCAGUGCUCACAUUUACACUUUAACAAGCAGGAUAAACCAAGCGUUGCCUCUGUAUAUAAGCUGUGCUGUCCAUUCAGGCCUGAGCACGCUUGCUCUGUGCUCGUGGUUUCUUGCAGGACCGGUGACGUAAUGACCACUGGGAGUAUGUGCUGCCACACGGUUGCAAUGUGGAGAAAAAGCUGAGCUGGGUUGUGGGAGCUGCGGCUGUCAGCGUGUGGUUCCAUAAGCAGGCUGCAUCCCUGUGUGGUCCCCGUGACCGUGCAGAGGAGGCUGUGCUGCUUGCAGGUUCUGGGAGGCUCUGUUGCUUUGGCUCUUAAAUAAAAGCAGUGGUCCCUGGCAGGAAGGAGCACGGGGAAGGUUUUCCCUGUCCUACACUCGUUCUGAGGAUUGGAGUAAAUGCAUUGGCAGAGAAGCAGAGAAGUUUCUUGUGGUCCCUCUUCCGGGCUGCCAGACCCCAGCUGGAACAGCUGCUGUCGGGGUGGCAUAGCUCUGCAGGGAUUAUGACUGGGCACACAGGAUGGUGAACGUUUAUUCGUGGGUUUGGUCCAGCAAGGGAGUUCUGCUGAUGUCACUUUCUUAAACAGAGCCUAGGAUGGCCCUAAAGCAAACGGUGCCCGUUGAGGCUGGAGCACACCGCUGACGUUUCGGUUUCAAGCUCCCUGUGUGCCCCACGGAGGUGCCACCUGCAUUUCCCCAGCCUAAUUGCCAAGCUUGCAUGGGCUGCGCUUGCAGCCCGCUGGGAUUCAUCCGUGGAUGCGCAGAGCCCUGGCCUUGAGGAGAUGCUGCUGGCAGGGAAGGGACUCCCUCCUGCGGACGGGAAGGCCGCAGAGACGCGAAAACGGAGCGGGCUGAGUCCGGCUUGCAGAUACCUUCCCGCGAGCGCGUGGUUAUGUCUGGUAGCGCCCACGGGCCGCUCAGACUGCUGGCGGGCGCGAGUAGAACGCCGCGCUGCCGCACAACGCGGAGCCGCGCGCCCGCCGGCGCUUCAGACCGAGCGGAGCGCCGAGCCCCGCGCUGACGGCGUACAGCUCCCGCCCCGUCCCGGGAACGGCCCCGCCCCGGCGGAGGCUGCGGCGCGGCCCGUCCCCUUCCGGCGGUGCGGGGCGGCGGGGCGGGAUGGCGACGCCCGAGGCGGAGGCGGCGGGGGGCCGGCAGCGCGCGCUGGGCGCCUACUCGCCCGUGGACUACAUGAGCAUCACCAGCUUCCCCCGGCUGCCCGAGGAGGAGGCGGGCGGCGCGGCCGAGGGCGGCCUCCGCUCCCGGAAGGAGGAGGACGCGUUCCUGGGCGAGCAGGACACGGACCCAGACUCCUUCCUGAAGUCUGCGCGCCUCCAGCGCCUGCCCUCGUCCUCCUCGGAGAUGGGCAGCCAGGAUGCGUCUCCCCUGCGUGAGACCAGCAAGGAUCCCUUCUCUGGAGACUGCAGCUGCCGGCAGGACGGGCUGACCGUCAUCAUCACCGCCUGCCUCACCUUCGCCACAGGGGUCACGGUGGCCUUGAUCAUGCAGAUCUACUUUGGAGACCCUCAGCUCUUCCAGCGUGGAGCUGUGGUGACGGAUGCUGCCCGCUGCACAGCACUGGGCGUCGAGGUGCUCAGCAAGCAGGGCUCCUCGGUGGACGCGGCCAUUGCAUCAGUGCUCUGCGCAGGAGUGGUGAACCCCCACACCUCGGGCAUCGGCGGGGGUGGGGUGAUGCUGGUCCACGACAUCCGGAAGAACCAGAGCCAGGUGAUCGACUUCCGUGAGGUGGCUCCACUGGGUGUCCCACUGGACGGCGAUCUGCCGAAGGACACCAAGCCAGGCUUGCUCGUGGGGGUGCCAGGCACGCUACAAGGCAUGCACCGGGUGCACCAGCUGCAUGGCAGGCUCCCCUGGUCACAGCUGCUGGGCCUCGUGGCUGCCGUUGCCCAGGACGGAUUUAACGUCACACACGACUUGGCCAAAGCUGUGAGUGAGCUUAAAGACCUGAACUACUCUGACAAGUUUCGGGAGACCUUCCUGCCGGAUGGCCAGCCUUUGUUGCCUGGCAUGUUCGUGAGGCGCCUGGACCUCGCCGCUGUCUUGGAGCUAGUGGGAGCCGAAGGGGCUUCAGCCUUCUACAGUGGAAACUUGAGCCAGGAGAUCAUUUCUGAGGUCCAAAACUAUGGAGGAGUCUUGGUGGAGGAAGACUUCAGCAAUUACAGUGUUACAGUGGAGAAUCCUGUCCACACAAUAUAUCGAGGUCAUCUUGUUUUGAGUCCCCCACCUCCACAUGCAGGUCCUGCUCUGAUCACAGCACUGAAUAUCCUCGAGGGCUUUAACAUCACAAAUCUAGCAUCCAGGGGGAGUAUCUUGCACUGGAUUGCAGAGACAUUAAAAAUAGCACUGAGUCUAGCUAGCAACUUGGGAGACCCAUCUGAUGAUGCAUCCAUCACUCAUGCUGCAGAAGGCAUGUUGAGUAAAUCAGAAGCUGAUUCCCUGCGCCAGCUGAUAAAUGAUUCCCAGCCCUUCUCGUCAGAUCUCCGCCUGCCUCACUUCUCUGUGGAGAGCGGACCUGCUGCCAGCCAGGUUCUUGUCAUGGGACCCGAUGACUUCAUUGUUGCAGUUGUAAGUUCUUUGAAUCGUCCGUUUGGUAGUGGAAUAAUGACGCCCUCUGGAGUGCUCCUGAACAGCCAGAUGUUGGACUUCUCCUGGCAAAACAAGACAAUGAACCACUCCAUUCCCAGGCCGCAAAAUCUCAUUCAGCCUCGGAAACGGCCUCUGUCUUUCUUGUUGCCCACUGUCGUGAGGCCGUCGGAGGGGAUGUGCGGGACGUACCUGAGUCUGGGAGCUAACAGUGGGGACAAAGCCUUGAGCGGCAUCGUUCAGGUCUUGGUAAAUGUGUUAGCAUUCAACAAGAAUCUGAGUGAAAGCUUGUCUCUUGGUCGUCUUCACCCACAGCUUCAGUCCAACACCUUGCAGGUUGAUGGUGAAUUUCCCGAAGAAGAUAUUGAAUGUCUUGUAGCCAGGGGCCACGAAGUGGAUAAAGUCAAAGUGCUCUCCCUUGUCCAUGGGGCCAGGAGAACCAACAGUUUCAUCAUCGGCCUGAAGGACCCCAGGAGCGUGGAUGCUGCUGGAGCCACAAUACUGUAGCAUCUCUCAGACAACUUACUCACUGAACAAGGCUUUACACAGAUCAACCCAAGUGAUGUGCAUGUUCUGAAAUGGCCCCCUCCUGCUCCUCAGAGUGGGACCACUGCAUACACACACAUACAUCUACAUCUCUGAGCAAACAUCCUGCCUUCCCUACCCAGGAUGACACAGAGGCAUUAAUGGUGCCAACAUAACAUCUCUCUGAUCUUUUUUUUCUUUUAGAAUGAUUUGAAUUGCAAGCAGCCCAGUCAUUGCUAUAGGAACACAGGGAGUUUUUCUUUUGGCACCAUCUUAUCAUUCAUUUCAGUCUUUUCGAAAGCCCAGAACUAGCCAACAACAUAAUUUUAGUGAGCAGCAACAUUAGCAAAGGAAACAGUGACAGGAAAAAACAGUUGCUGAUAAUACUCUAAUGUUCAUCUCCUUUUCUUUCCCAAGUUCAUUUUUUGCCUCUUGUGUAAGUCAGUAAUUAAUGCAGCCUAAUGUAGUGUUUGUAGGUGCCUGUAGCUGGAAUAUCAGGGCAUCCUUUAAUGUUGUGUACGGGCCAGCUGUUUUUUAUCAGCAUACAGCCUCCUGUCUCAAUUCCUUUUCUCACAUCACUCCAAACCUUGAAUUUUUUGGAGUAUUUUGAAUUAAUUCUCUGUCCAACUUUGAACCAGUCUGCUUCCUUACUGGCAGACGUGGACCCCGAAUUCACUGUGUUUGUUCCCAGAAGAAGCUGUCCCACCAUACAUUUUGUAACAGAAACAAUGGUUUUCAACUUUUAACAACUGGUGGACCCCCCAGUAAUUUUCUUACAGUUUUCUGGCCUCUUCUGCAGUGAUUUUAAGCUUAGUGAUAAUGGGCUUAUUUUUCUUAGAUACUUUUUGGAGAUAUCUUCAAAGUACUCUGCAGGCUUGUAAGAAUCCAUGGAGCACAGACUGAAAACUGCAUGGAAACAGUUUAGGUAGAUUCAGGGCUUUCCUUACACUGCCUUAUCUCAGCCUGCUGUGAAAGCCUAAGUUGUAUAAUCCCUACAGAGAGGCUUAGGGUUUUCUGCUUGCUAAAUUCACGUCCGUACUUCAGCUCCAGUGGCUCUAUUGGAAAAGCUGUGGGGAGUGAGAGAAAGGGUCCAAUGCAAAGCAAAGCAAAAAAAAAAAAAAAAAAGGAAAAUUCUGUCUGUAACAAGUAAUACAGAAUAUAAAAAUACCUCUGCAUUUCUUAUCUGAAAGGGAGUGGAGAAAACAUCACAUCUGUUUGCUACAGUGUUUAAUUCAGUCCGCGUUGGAAUGUUUCCGUCUGUUUUUUUAACUGACAAGUUAGAAAACCUUGGCCCUAAAAAAAUUCUGGAUUCAGAUACAUUUCCACAGCAGUGAUUUCCUUCACACUGCAAAUAUGUCAGUGGCUGCUGCACAUAUUCCACAUGUGUGUCUGCCUGUGGCUGCCUUGGCGUGCCCCUUGGUGACACAGCCUUCCUUCCAAAGGAACCCCACGGACACCCAUCCACGUGUAAGUGCUGUGCCCACACGGGCUGCCACAGGGCGCAGGGAGCACACAGGGUGCUUGGAGGCGGUCAGGAACUACCAGGGAGAAUUGGACUAAUUGUUCCUGACACCUACUGGCUGAGCGUCCCAAAGCAUCUUGCAGUAAGUCUUGCACAUUGCACUGAGGAAGGAGAGGGGUGCUUUUCUGCUUUGCCACUGGCAGACAUCCACGCUGACAGUACUUUCUGUUAGGAAACAUAGAAUCAUAGAAUGGCCUGGGUUGAGAAGGACCACAGUGCUCAUCUCGUUCCAACCCCCUGCUAUGUGCAGGGUCGCCAACCAGCAGCCCAGGCUGCCCAGAGCCACACCCAGCCUGGGCUCCAAUGCAUCCAGGGAUGGGGCAUCCACAACUUCCAGCCACAUCAGUGGCCUCAGCCAAGAGACGGGGAAAUUACAUUGUUACCUUUGGGGAGUUGUGUCCUCUGUCACCAAACUGCCCCUACAGUAAGAGCAGGCCUUCCUCACCAGAAGGACCUCGGCUCAUUCAUUUUUCUGUCACAGGCACGAGAAAUGGCACUGCCCAAAGCUGGAAUAUUCAUAAAACAUUAGGUGUCUUGGAGCAAGCCUCCCCGGGUCAGACAGCAAGGAGAGCAUGUGUUUGUGUGCGCUGAAUCGUGGGUGGAAAUUUGGGAGUUUCUGGUAAAGGACAGCAGUGAUCUGUGCCUCAGACAUGGCGUGGUAUGAGCACAGCUCAAAGCUAUCCGAUAACUGUUGCAACAGUACUUAGCAUGGAAUACUGCAGAACACUUUGAAAGAACAUUUCUAUUUAUUCCUUCAAUUCUUUUCACAGAGUCGCUUCUGAUGCCGGAAACUGUAUUCAUUUGUGAGCUGAGACUCUGGUUUUGAAUUGAAAGGGGCUUAUAUGGCCCAUGGUGUGAUUUCAGAGCAAUUAUUCAGAACCUUAAAAUAAAGCACGUUCCUAAGGGCCCUGCCGUCUCUCUGGCUUAUGUUGCAAAAAGUACUGCUUAGAAUAGUUGGAAGAUACUUUGAAUUAUUCACCAUUUCCUCUGUUUAAAAAUGGCAUCUGUGUCACACAGCUAUGUUCAGUACUGAAACCUUUAAUCAGCUAAUUGGUCCCGUGUCUCUGGUGCUGCAAGUCAAUCUGUUGUGAUGAGACAUAAUGAACUUAGUUUGUGGCACCAAUAAACACCUGCCGUUUCCAUAUGUAUGGGUGAGACAGACAUUGUGAAAUAAAGGGCCAUAUUCUGGAGACGUGUGUGCACGCUGAUUUCAAGCCAGCUAUUGCAGACACCUAACAACUCUGAAGCAGAAUUCUCCCAAAACUUACACACCCAAGUGUCUGAGAUGCUCAGAACACAAAAUAUGAAUUUCAGGAUGGCUGAGAAAAACAAUAAAGAAAAUAAAAAUAACAAAAAACAGUAACAAUAAAAAAUAAGAUAUCCCUUUGUCGAACAAAACUAUUAUGGUCUUGAAAGUGA